UGGUGAAACCCUCCAUUAUGUCCAACUCUGCUCUGCUUUCCUAAUGGCUCGUCUUCUCCGAGUCGCUCAACGAAAGCUCUACGCUUUUUCGCCUUCGAUUAGAACUCGGACGCGCGAGCUCUCGUGUCGCGUUCACUCACUAGAUGUCAUUUCAGCCUCUCUUCAUCAAACCAGACCUUAUGGAGCUCAGGCAAUGGCUAAGUCGCCCUUUGAAUCAAACAUUUUAAGAAUUCUUCGAAACGAGAUCGAGUACCAGUCCGAGUACGCACCUCCAGAACAGCCUUUGACAAAAUUCAAUUCAUUCAUUGUUCAAGAUCGACCAGGUGAGCAGUGGAUUACAAUGAAAGGGAGGUUUGGGGACAAAGAAGAAAUAACAAUUGAAGCUACCAUCUUUGAUGGUUAUGCACAGGUUCCUAAGCUUGGAGAUGACAGUGCUGGGGUGAAUGUCCAUCUUCACAUUAGUCUACUCGUGGAUAUUUCAAAGGAGGAAUGUGGCAGUGAAUUGGAAUUUGUUUGCUCAGCAUGGCCAGAAUCUUUAGAAAUCCAAAGAGUUUACAUAUUAAGGCGUGAUAGCGCGCAGGCCAUACCUUACACGGGACCUGAUUUCAGGACUUUGAACACCGAAAUUCAGAACAAAUUUCUUGAGUACCUCAAGACAAGGGGGAUAAAUAAUGAAUUAUGUGCUUUCUUGCAUCAGUAUAUGGCUAACAAGGACAGAAUUGAGCUUCUACGGUAUCUGGGAAGUGUUAAGUCUUUUAUAGAGAAAUAGAAGGUUAUCUUGGCCGGCAAGAUGUGGUGUGAACACUUGAUUUUGCCACUAAUUUAGUUUCCUUAGAUGAAAGUCAUCGAUCAACCUUUUCUUCCAUAGUUGACUGUGUAAAUACAUGUCAAACAAGUUAAACAAUGGAGCCCUGUAUGUGCUAUUUAGCUUGGAGAUUCAGCAGAGAAGAAAAUUUGGGCAAUAAUAAAUAGAAUUCUUUGUUAAGACUUGUGACUGUAUUUUUGAGGUCAAGGAACUUAUAUUGGUGAUUUUGCAAGAUGGUUCUCUGGCUGCCCAA